AUGAAUAAAGAAGGUUUAAAACUUGACGCUUUCAUCGUUCCUAGCCUUCUUAAAGCAACUCGCAAUCUGAUUGAUCAAGAAUUCGGGAAGGUGAUGCAUUGUCUGGUGCUCAAGUGUUCGUUUGAGUCUGACGCUUUUAUAGUCAGCUCGCUUAUUGACAUGUACUCGAAGUUCGGAGAGGUAGAGAAUGCGAGGAAAGUGUUCGAUGAUUUUGCUGGACAAGAUUUGGUCGUGUUCAAUGCUAUGGUCUCUGGUUUUGCUAACAAUAGCCAAGCAGAUGAAGCAUUGAGCUUGGUACAAGAUAUGAAACUAGUGGGGAUAAAAGCUGAUAUAAUCACUUGGAAUGCUCUGAUUGCAGGAUUCUCGCAUAUGGGAAAUGAAGAAAAAGUAUCUGAGACUCUUGAGAUGAUGUGUUUAGAUGGUCACAAGCCCGACGUUGUGACCUGGACUUCUGUUAUAUCAGGCCUUGUGCAUAACUUUCAGUACGAGAAAGCUUUUGAUGCUUUUAAACAGAUGCUAGCUCAUGGGUUGUAUCCAAACUCAGCUACGAUCACCACCCUUUUGCCUGCGUGUACCACACUCGCGAAUGUCAAGCACGGAAAGGAGAUUCACGGCUACUCGGUAGUCACCGGACUAGAAGAUCACGGUUUCGUUAGAAGCGCUUUGCUCGAUAUGUACGGGAAAUGCGGAUUCAUCUCAGAAGCAAUGAUCUUGUUUCGCAAAACGCCCAAGAAAACAACGGUUACUUUCAACUCGAUGAUCUUCUGCUACGCGAAUCACGGGCUGGUGAGUUCUCUAUCUAGAAAGGGAAAAGAUAAAGAUACAUUUAUUAGAAAAGGACAAAUCCAGCCAUCCUUUCCCCACGGGCCACGUGGUUGUGCAUGUGCUGGUCCGUCCACACAAUUAAAGAAAGUUGUUUUCCCCAACUUCAAGUUUUCUCUACUCUGUCCUUGUGCUGAUACUUCUCACGUGUCUAUAUACCAUCCAGAUUCAGACCAGAUCUAG